AUGGAAUUGGACACCCAGGAAGCUGGGGUUGCCUUGCCUGAAUCUGUUUGGUGGGAAGUUGUUGUUCCAUUAUGUGAUGAUUCUUGUUCCAUAAGAAGUCAUAAUAGUCAGAAAGACCCCAGUAACACUUACUUUUGUAGGCUUCUGGAGUUCCUUCUUCUUGUUUUAGUUGUCAUUUUCCAUCUUUCAGCUAAUCUUCAUUGGCCAUUAGAUGAGGCCAGCAUGGAGAGUUCUCCCAAAAGUCCUCGUCCAGAGUUUAAGGGUGCCAGUUUAAUCUCAGGAAUGAAUGACUACAAAAUAACAAGCUGUGAUCCUCCUUCUUGGAAGAGGAUGACAGGGGUUGAUUACCGUUGGCAUUCCAAAACUUUAUUGCUUCAUGAGCUUAAAAGUGAUUCUUCGAAGUACAAUUCUUGUAAGGGGCUCUAUGUUGGAAAAAAGCACAUCAGGACCAUUGCCCUCAUGUUUGGAUUGUUGGGUUGCCUUUUCCUUCUUGAUUCUCUUAUCAUCUCCUCUUUUGAGUUUGCAAAUCUUCAACCCAGUACAGCCUCAAAUAAUUCAAGUCGAGAUUCCUACAUCAACAUGAAACAAUCGCCAGUAUAUAUGUAUGAUCGGCUUCUAAACUUAGCUUCCAGCGCUCUUGCAGAGAAGGAGUUCAAGCAAGAGUCAUCCAAUUUAUGGGUGGAACCAUAUCGGCAGGCAUCUUCAUGGGAACCUUGUGCAGAAAGAAAAGUUCAAACCAAUCGGGGGAAAUCUGUGAAAAGUAAUGGCUACAUCUUAGUCAGUGCAAAUGGUGGUCUUAAUCAACAACGAGUUGCUAUUUGCAAUGCUGUUGCUGUGGCAUCUCUCCUCAACGCAACUCUAGUUAUUCCAAAAUUUCUUUACAGUAACGUAUGGAAGGAUCCAAGUCAGUUUGGAGAUAUAUACCAAGAGGAGUAUUUCAUGUAUAUCCUCAAGGAUGAUAUCAGUAUUGAGAAGGAACUUCCGCCUCAUAUGAAAUCUCUGGAUCUGGAAGCAAUUGGCAGCCAGAUUACAGAUACAGAACUUGCGAAGGAGGCAACAUCUGCUGAUUAUAUUAAAACUGUGCUUCCUAUUCUUUUGAGAAAUAGAGUUGUUCAUUUCCUGGGAUAUGGAAAUCGCCUUGGUUUUGAUCCACUGCCUUCUGAUAUUCAGAGGUUAAGAUGCAAAUGCAAUUUCCAUGCUUUGAAAUUCGUGCCAAAAAUUCAACAAGUUGGCUCACUAUUGAUCAAAAGGAUUAGAAAAUAUAGUGCUCGACUAAGCAUGUUAGACACUCAGUUGCUGGGAAAUUUCAUCCAUGACAAGGAAAACCAUGAAGCUGCUAGGGGCUCAACAAAAUAUCUUGCUUUGCACUUAAGAUUUGAAAUAGAUAUGGUGGCUUAUUCCUUGUGUGAAUUUGGAGGUGGGAAAAAUGAGAUGAAGGAACUUCAAGCCUACAGAGAAAGCCAUUUUCCUCUGUUUCUUGAGCGCUUGAAGCAAUCGAACUCUAUUUCUCCAACGGAUUUGAGAAAAUUGGGAAGAUGUCCAUUGACACCAGAAGAAGCAGCACUUGUUCUAGCGGGUCUUGGUUUCAAACGUGGAACUUACAUUUACUUGGCUGGUUCUCAUAUUUAUGGGGGAAAUUCAAGAAUGGAUCCCUUCACUAGACUCUACCCCAAUGUGAUAACAAAGGAAAACCUGCUUACACCCAGUGAACUAGCACCGUUCAAGAAAUUUUCUUCUCAGCUGGCUGCUUUGGAUUUCAUAGCAUGUGCAAGUGCAGAUGUAUUUGCCAUGACUGACUCUGGUAGCCAACUUUCAUCAUUAGUAUCUGGAUUCAGAACCUACUAUGGUGGCGGUCAUGCUCCUACCUUGCGGCCUAACAAGACAAGGCUAGCAGCAAUUUUGAUGGAGAAUGGCACCAUAGGAUGGAACAGUUUUGAAAUCAGAAUAAAGAAGAUGAUUCUUGAAGGUCAAAAGGCUGGCAUAAGGAGUAAUGGCCGAAGCAUUUAUAGACAUCCUAGGUGCCCUGAGUGCAUGUGCAAACACCAUUAG